AUGGAGUCACUGGGUGAGGUGUCCGGAGUUUCCUUUACGUGCCCUAUUUGUCAGAAGGCGUUCAGUAUUCGCUCCUCGUUUGGAAGGCAUUCGCGGCAAUGUCUUGAACGAGAAAUCUCACGCCCGAGACGGAAGUCGUGCUUGCAGUGCUCUAAAAGAAAGCUCGGUUGUGACCGAAAGCAUCCUACGUGUUCUAGAUGCACUUCUCAGGGCAGUGCUUGUGAAUAUGUUACCACUGGCCGCACCUCGUCAACGGAUAGAACACCUGUUGUUCCGCCCCUUCGGAUCACACCUCCAUCCUCGGACUUCGAGCGCGAAGACAGUGUUGCGACCACACUCGGGGCAGAAGAUCCAGUUACUUCGUGCGAAUUGACCCGGGCUACAACCCCAUCUCGAUGCACUGGUCAAGCAAGCCAGCAAGUGCGUGAGCCUCCAUCACAAUUCGACUCUGCAAUCACUCACCUUUCUCGAAUCUUUCGAACAUAUCCGCGAAUGCUUGGAGCCUGCGAUAGACUGCCGCCUUUUAUUCACAGAUCACAGAUAAUGACUUCGAAUCCUGCGAUGCCGCUUUCUAACUGCCUCGCGUUAUGUCGAAUGUGGGCAAAUAACUCGCCAGUGGAAACUGGAGGUGACUUCGUGAAAGUUUCAAUGAAGACAGAACUAUCAAGACUACUAAAUGAGUACCAGGAAUACGAUGGUGUAACUUUGGUUGCCGCCUUUCAGGCCGCCAUCAUCUACGCUAUUGCGCUGCUUUUUCCUGCACCACACCAGCCUCCAUGCAGAAUGUUUGACCUCUCAACCCUGGCAGCUCUGAAAGAGUUUGGGCAGCACAUAAGGUCCGGAGUCGGCAUGAUGCCUGAGGAGGUCUCUCACACUCGUCCACCCUGGCAGCAAUGGCUGCAGGUUUCUUGCAAGCGAAGGUCGUUGGUCUGUCUCUACUGCUUCGAGUGGAUGAAUGCGAUUUUGAAUAACUUCCAGAGCUUCCCCUGCAGCCACGCGGAUUUCAUGCCAGCCCCAGCGGGCAAGGUGCUUUGGGAAAUUACUGCGCAAGAGAAGUGGGAGGUCGUUUAUGAUCGAUGGUUAGGAAGAUGGGCUGGUCUGGAUGUGUACACUUUAGGCGAUCUCGAAAAUAUGCCGCCGGGGCCGACAUUGGACCUACGCUCAGAAUUGUGGUUAGAAGAGGCUGACGAUCUGGGUAUAUUGUUGAUGACGAUGGGUCCGUGA